ACUUAUUGUAGCUUUGAAAAAACUCUGUUGUAUAAGAAAUAUGGCGAAAACACAAUUAUGUUAUUUGCUUUUAGUAGUUGUUGUAGCUGAGCUUUGUUCAGGGUCUGCAGCAGCUGGUUCACAAGUGAAGUUUCUUCCAGGAUUUCAAGGACCACUUCCUUUUGAACUUGAAACUGGUUAUGUUGGAGUAGGUGAUAGGGAAGAUGUACAACUAUUCUACUAUUUUAUAAAGUCGGAGUCAAAUCCAGAAACAGACCCUGUUCUACUUUGGAUCACUGGAGGCCCUGGUUGCUCUAUCAUCUAUGAGAUUGGACCAAUAACUUUUGAGCCAGUGGAAUACAAUGGAAGUUUGCCUACAAUGAUACUGAAUCCUUACUCAUGGACAAAGGUGGCAAGCAUUAUUUUCUUAGACUUACCAGUGGGCACUGGAUUUUCCUACGCGAGAACUCCAGCAGCUCUACAAUCAUCUGAUUUACAAGAAAGUGAUCAUGCAUAUCAGUUCCUUCGCGAGUGGUUCGUCGAUCACCCAGAAUUUUUAAGGAAUCCAUUAUAUGUUGGCGGAGACUCAUACUCGGGGAUGGUUGUUCCCAUUAUUACUCAAAUCAUAGCAAUUAAGAAUGAAAUAGAAAUCAAACAAUUUAUCAAUCUUAAGGGAUAUUUACUCGGAAAUCCAGCGACUUUUGAAGGUGAAAACAAUUAUGAGAUUCCAUUUGCUUAUGGAAUGGGACUUAUUUCUGAUGAACUCUAUGAGUCGUUGAAGACCAAUUGUAAAGGAGAGUACCUUAAUAUAAAUCCAAGCAAUACACCAUGCUUGCAAGAUGUUCAAACAUUUCACAAGCUUCUUAAAGGAAUUAAUAAUCCCCAUAUUUUGGAGCCCAAAUGUAAGUUUUUUUCACCAAGACCACACUUACUGUUUGGCCAAAGAAGAUCUCUUGAUGAAAAGUUUCAUGAACUUAACAAUCCUCAACAACUUCCUGCACUAAAAUGUCGUACUGAUUGGUACGUACUCUGUUAUCAUUGGGCUGAUGAUGGUCAAGUUAGAGAGGCCCUCAACAUCCGAAAGGGGACUAUCGGAAAAUGGGAGAGAUGUGCAAGUUUGCAAUUCCAAAAGACAGUCAUGAGUAGCAUACCGUAUCAUGCAAGCCUCAGUAGCAAGGGUUACAGAUCUCUUAUAUACAGUGGAGAUCAUGACAAGGGUGUUACCUUCCAAUCAACUCAAGCAUGGAUAAAAUCUCUCAACUACUCCAUAGUUGAUGAUUGGCGACCUUGGACUGUUGACAAUCAAGUUGCCGGUUACACAAGAAGUUACUCAAAUCGCAUGACAUUUGCCACAGUGAAGGGAGCAGGCCAUACUGCACCAGAGUAUAAACCUCGUGAAUGUCUGGCAAUGCUUAAAAGAUGGAUGUCUUACAAGCCCUUGUAAUCAACACAUAUGUAUCAAUUUGUAAUCAAUGUCCAAUGGAGCAGUUCCAUUUCCUAUUUAAAGGGGAAAAGGUUGUCAUAGUAUAUAAUUAAUGUCAAGGUUCAGUUGUUAGUAGUGUUAUUAUGAAAAUUUAUCAACUCAAUGAUGUGGCCUGAAGGUGCCUGCUCCACUUCUUCAGCUAGAAUUGUAUGAAACAUAUCGAAAGAGUCGCAUUCCACUGUGAAACUAGGAUGUCUCAUUCGUGGUCUCAAAUAACGAAUUCAUCCUAAUGUGAGUUAUAUGCUGACGAUGGAAGAAACAGCGAAAUAUGAGUUGGUAACAUUGUGUAACAGAUAAUUUGUGUAAAUAUUUGUUUAAAACAUCAAUGAAUAAAAAGUCAACUUCCAUGUUAUUAA